AGAGAGAGAGAGAGAGAGAGAGAGAGAGAGAGAGAGAGAGAGAGAGAGAGAGAGAGAAAAAGACGGCCGACAAAGAGUGGGAAGGAGAUAUAUGCACAAGGGUGGUCAACUAACUGAAAGCAGGGACAGCGGAAAAAAGGAUAAGGCAGCAAAUAGGUGAAGCGCGUUAGAAAAAUUUUAAAACUCAAAACGACCGCAAACAUACAUAAAAUAUAAAAGAAUUUUGUUCACGUAUUUAAUUGACUGACGAGCGGAUUCAUGUUUAUGGUGAACAUUGGCGAAUUGUUGUUGUUGCGUUUUUAUUGAAAGCAUAAUUUAAACGAGAAUUAAAACGGCACAAUAUACGCAGAUACAUACACAUAACACGCGUGCAUAAAUAAUAAUUUAUUGGAUUCGAUGCGAACAUUAACCACUUUUGAAAACCGCACAAAAUAAAAUAUAAAUAAUGCCUAUGUAAACACAUCCAGCAACAAGAACAAUAACAACAACAACAACAACAAGAACAACAACAACAACAGCAAAAGCAACACAUCCUAUGUGGGCAUAUUGAUGAUAAAUGCUUAUGUAUAUGUGUGUACACGUACACACACACAUACACAUGGCCAAACAAAACUCAACACAUACGCUGAAUAAUUAAACGAACGUUGUGUGAAAAACUUUUCUGUGCAGCCAUCAUAAUCAUCAUCAAAAUCAACAUCAACAUCAACAUCAUCAUCAUCACCGUCGUCAUCGUCGUUGUCGUCAUCAUCAAGCCAUCAAAGCAUUACCGAUCUAACUACCACCUACCUAUAUCUACUUGGAGUCAAUAGUAGUGUGUUUUAAUUUCUAUACAGCGGUGAUAAUAAAUGUACGUCGCCUAUGUGAUAUGUUUAUAAACACAAACUGACCGCAAAACAUUAUAAGCAACAACAACAACCGAAAAAGAGCGACAAAAAAAAAAAAUAAGAAAGCUAAACAUAAGAACCAAAAAAAAAAAUUUAAAAAUAAAUAAAUAAAUAAAUAAAAAACACAUGAAAGCAUAAACCUAAACUGAAAUCAUUUUGUAUGUUCGUAUAGAGAAAAGGACGAAGAGUAUAGUACUCUGUGGAUUGCUUAUAUUGCAUUGAAAACAUUAUAAAAGGGAACCGUCUAUCACAGAAGCAAUUGCAAAAAUGUUGGCAAUGCCCACACUCAUGAUGCCAGCCACAGCACAAAUGACGCUUAGCAGUCAACCACUGUCAGUUGGUACCCCACAUGCUAAACCGUAUGAAACUAAAUUGUUGGCCAUACACCAGACCCAUAUAACUCAGCAGCAGCAGCAGCAGCAACAGCAGCAACAGCAAGUAACGCACCAGCAAAAUAAUACAAAUAAACAGCAACAGCAGCAACAAAUGUCGGCCAAUCAACAGCAGCAACAACAACAGCAGCAGCAACAGGCGGCUCAACAGCAAGUGCAUCAACAACAACAACAGGCUCAACAACAACAACAACAACAUCAUCAGCAACAACAAGCUGCGGCCGCCGCUGCAGCAGCGGCCUGCAUUGCUCAACAGCAAGCGGUAGCCGUCGCUGCUGCAGCUGCCCAACAGCAGCAACAAUAUCAAAUUCACUCCCAACAGCAAUCACCACAGCAGGCCUUAAGUGCCUCACCGAAGCAAGAGCAAUUUCAUAUUUUUGUAGGUGAUCUUAGUUCGGAAAUCGAAACUCAGCAAUUACGUGAAGCGUUUGCACCGUUUGGGGAAGUUUCGGAUUGUCGUGUGGUGCGUGACCCUCAAACUUUAAAAUCAAAAGGUUAUGGCUUUGUGUCCUUUAUUAAAAAAUCUGAAGCGGAAAGUGCCAUAACAGCUAUGAACGGCCAAUGGCUGGGAUCACGCUCGAUUCGAACGAAUUGGGCUACCAGGAAACCGCCGGCGAGUAAAGAGAAUGUGAAACCAUUGACAUUUGAUGAAGUUUACAAUCAAAGCAGUCCCUCAAACUGCACUGUCUAUGUAGGGGGUGUUAAUAGUUCGCUUACCUCCUUAAGCGAAGAGAUAUUGCAAAAGACUUUCUCACCUUAUGGCACCAUUCAAGAAAUCCGUGUAUUCAAGGAUAAGGGUUACGCCUUUGUACGGUUCUCCACCAAAGAAGCCGCAACACAUGCCAUUGUUGGCGUGCACAAUACCGAGAUCAAUGCCCAGCCAGUGAAAUGCUCAUGGGGCAAGGAAAGCGGUGAUCCGAAUAACGCUCAGACAAUCGUUAGUCAGGCUCUCAAUCCUGCAGCCGCUGGUUUUCCUUAUGGAGUCGGUGCGGCUGCUGCUGCAGCGGCUGCCUACGGACAACAAUUAGCAGCUACCGGUUGCUGGUAUUCACCCACACCAACGUAUCCUACUUCUUCGGCCACUGCAGCUGUAACUCCUGCCGCCUCGGCUGCAGUACAAAAUCAAUUUCUGCAAGGCAUCCAAGGUUAUCAUUUCGGCCAAUACGGUGGUUACCAGCAGGGCUAUAUGGGAAUGGGUGUACAGAUUCCCACCACUUGGCAGGGUGUUGCCACUCAAGCACAAAUCUCUCCUGCUCAACAAUUGGCGACGGCGGGGGUGGCCGGUGCCGCUAUACCUCAAGCAGCCGGUGUUGUAGCUUAUCCCAUUCAGCAAUUUCAAGUUAGCCCACAGGUUUAUCCUUUACUUUUGCAGGCACAGUAAAAACAAAAUUAAAAGCAAAAGCAAAAAAGAAAUAAUAAGAAUAAAAUAGAAAUCUAAUACAAAUUCCUCACAACCAUGAUAACAAAAAAUCCUAAAAGAAUUAGAGCAUAACCAAUGAAUGAAUUUCUUAAUAAUUCUGAGCUGUAAAUAAUUGCUGCGCUAACAACAAAAUGGUUUAAAUGAAAAACGAAUGAUAAAAAAUGAUUUAUUUUUACAAAAAAAAAAAUAAAAAGA